GCUCCCAUUCGAAGGCGACGGCGGUCGUCUGUAUUUCGGUCCUAAUCUCUCCAGAGAAAAAGACAAAGUAACUCCGCACAGACAGCGAGUUUGACACACUUUGACGUUGAGAUUUUUUCUUUCUAAUUCCUCUCGGUCGAGCUUGUGGCGGAGCUCUGGAAUGACGGGGUGUGCCGAGAAUUUGAAUUAGCUCUCCGUUAGUUUGAAGAAAGAGUGAGUCGGGGUAGAGAGAGAGCGAGAGUGUGUGUGUGUGUGAGUGUGUGAGUGAGAGAGAGAGAGAGAGAGAGAGAGAGAGAGAGAGGGGAGCCAUUUUGUCCCGACUGUGUGGGAGAAAAGAAAGAGUGGAAAAGAGGAAUCACACGGGAGGAGAUCCUAUUUUUGCUUUCUGUCCUCAUGCUGUAGGGGGGAAAACAGUCGGGCUCGGGAAAUAUAACUUCUCGGACACGUCAACGGACACGUUAUUUGGGUGGUAUUUAGCCAACUAGCUCGCCAAGCUAAUCAACAAAUCCCAGAUUGUUAACUGUUAACAGUCAAGAGGAGCGGGGCGGUUGGUCAGGUUGGCGAAGGAGCUGGCUUUAGACUUCACAUAGGAAGUGACAGGUUAUUCGUUUUUUUUUUUUUGUACCUAUCUGGGUGAACACAAGCUAUUUUUCAAUGGCGAAGAAGACGUACGACUUGCUGUUCAAGCUGCUUCUGAUCGGAGACUCGGGCGUGGGGAAGACCUGUGUGCUGUUCCGCUUCUCUGACGACGCCUUCAACACAACCUUCAUCUCCACCAUAGGAAUAGACUUCAAGAUCAAAACUGUUGAAUUACAAGGAAAGAAGAUCAAACUACAGAUCUGGGACACAGCGGGCCAGGAGCGGUUCCACACCAUCACCACCUCCUACUACAGAGGAGCCAUGGGCAUCAUGCUGGUCUACGACAUCACCAACGCCAAGAGCUUUGAAAACAUCAGCAAAUGGCUGCGCAACAUUGAUGAGCAUGCAAAUGAGGACGUUGAGAGGAUGCUGCUAGGCAACAAGUGUGACAUGGAGGACAAGAGGGUUGUACCAAAAGCCAAGGGGGAGCAGAUCGCGAGGGAGCACGGCAUUAGGUUUUUUGAGACGAGCGCUAAGGCCAACAUCAACAUCGAGAAGGCUUUCCUCACGUUAGCAGAAGACAUCCUCAGAAAGACGCCUGUAAAAGAGCCCAACAGUGAAAACGUCGACAUCAGCAGUGGAGGCGGAGUCACAGGCUGGAAGAGCAAGUGCUGCAGUUGAACAACUCCUCUGUUUCACUCACACUAACGCACACAAUCACACACACACACACACACACACACACACACAUAUAUAUAGACACAGACAUACAUACACACACACACAUACACACCCAGACGUACACACACAAACACACAUAUUCUCUCUCUCUCUAACUGCUAACUCUAACUCUCUCGCCCUCUAACCUGUCUCAUGAGUUUUUCUUGCACACUGACACUCUGUCUGUCUCUUUAUCAGAAUAAAACAAUAAACCACUUCACUCGUUUAAUCCCCCCUCCCUUCCUCUUCCUCCACCCCCCCUCCACCGCACCAUAUUCUUCCAUCUAAUGAUCAUUUUUAUUUCUGAUAAAAAGAGAAAUCCAGUCACAUUUCUUGUCAUAUGUUUUAAAGGUUGUAAAAAAAAAGAAAGAAAGAAAGAAAAAGAAAAAAGUGUGAAAAGACAAGCUCAUAUUUUUAAUAUUUCCUUUGCCUGAGCGCACCUGGUUGGACACCCUCACCUUUCCACCCCCACCCCCUCCCCCCCCCGCAGCACUCACCUUCAGUCAGAGGAAAUAAAAAUAAAAAUCAAAAAAAGACAAAUGUAGGAUUAACAUUUUGUACAUUUAGUGAGGUUUCUGUUGUCUAACCGUAUUCGGUCAUUUACAAUUUGUUACCAAGUGACAGAGGCGUGGCCAGCUCCUUUUGUAUGUGGGGGUUUAUUUUGUCCUGUGCCUUAUAUGGAAGAUGGGGGCGGGGCUGUGUGGUGGGCGGAGCCACAUCCACCCAAUGAAAUUACAGUUUAAUAUUCUGUCGGUUCGGGCUGUCGUCAUGGAGACACCGAACCGAAGCAGAAACGUUUGAAUUUCUCCUCCAGCCAAGAGAACGGCAUUAUACAGUAUGUCCUGUUUAUUGAUGUUUUAUUUUUGUCUGUAUGAUUUUAUUUUACUUUUUUUUUUUUUUUUUCCCUAUUUGGGUUGAAUUUUUUUUUUUUUUUUUUUUUUUUUUUUUCUUCCUGCAUGCACAUUUCUUUGGGUUGGAAGCGUUUCUGUAACGUUGUGUAACGUUUGCCACUGGGUAACUGUGGGCGGGAGGUACAGAAGUUCUCUUUGGAAAUUCAAACAAUUUUGCAGAUCCAUUAAAAAUAAGCUUGUUUAAGUUAA